AGCUCUGAAGGAUUCCCUUUUCUCUUCAUGCAGCCUUUUCCUGGGAGAAUAGAGUCUGCAAGGCAAAUUAAUAUCACUGCAUUCAACUAUAAAAGCAAACUAAUGAGGACAGCUUUUAUUGAAUUCAUGCACUGCAGGAGAACAAGAUGUUUAAACUCUGUGGUUUGGUGGCGUUGCUGUGUCUUCAUCAAGGAAUGUUCUGCAUCGCCUUUUAUGUUUCACAGAUGCAGGUGGACUAUGGGCAGCCUGCUGUAUUGCGCUGUGAUGGCUCAGUCUUAAAAGAAGCGGAGGGGGCGGUGCACUGGGAGCUCAGAGGAGAGGAUGUAGUAACUCUACGAGAAGGCAAGCCACGAGUCUCAGAACGUUUUAAGGGACGGAUACAGCUACCUUCAGAGGAACAGAUAGAGGAGGGGAACUGGUCUGUGGUCCUGAGAAAAACAAAGUUCAAAGAUGCUGAUAUGUAUGAGUGCAUCUGGCAAGAAGUAAAAUCCAUAUCAACUGUCUGGCUCUCAGUCAAAGAGCCCAAUGUCAACCAAUCCAUCACCGCACUUGACGAUGCAAAUGUGGACCUAACAUGCUUCAUUAAACCCCAGAGAGAACCACUCCGGAGUUUGUUUUGGACAAGGAAUGGCAAACAUCUCUAUUCACACGAUCUUACUUCCAGUGCUGCAAUGGAAGGAGAGUUUCUUGUACCAAGCAGAUUUAAUGAAGAAGAGUUUCAUCUUUAUUUGAGACCCACUGUGAGUGACAGUGGGAAGUACCAGUGUUGGUAUACAACUGGGGAGUCUGACCCUCCUAAACUUGGAAUACCAGAAAGUUACACACUAACUGUGAUGAAAAGAGUCAUUUCUGAUGUCAUGGAUCUGGAGGAGUCUAGUGCAGAUGACUGGAUGAGCCCUGUUACAUUCUGGGAAGAAGAGGCAAUUGCUGCUGAAACUACUGAAACACCUACUGAUCGUCUUGCAGUUUAUUUGGAACUGUCCACUGAGGCAAUGAAAGUUAUGGAGCAUGAUGAGACGUCCACUGUAGAAGAACAGAUCAGGACAUCCCAUGAGGUGGUGACGCUUCUUUCAGAUGAUGUGAAUGGUGUUGAAGCCACUGGAUUUCCCACUGAGUUUCUACCAAUUCUUCUGGAAGAGUCCACUCAGCUGACCCAAGAUGAACAGAAUCUGCUUUCUAAAGAUCUCACCAACUCAAAGCAGACUGAUGACUUUAAGGAGAAAGAAACAUUUUCAGAUAAUGAAAACCUGGAUCCAACAUGGAAUGAUUUCCAGCUUGAGACUUUCCCAUGGAUUCGGGCUGGACUCAUUGGUGGAGUGCUGUUGAUCACAGCCAUGGUUCUGUGUGUUCUCGGAGCUCUGCGGCAUAUUUAAUACACAGAGGAGGAGAAGUGGAUCCCCACCUAUAAUGUUCAUUUGGGUUAGGGAUGGGUUAGCGAAACAAUGUGCACAGCACCUAGUACAUCACGUGGUAAAUGCAGAUCAUGGAUUCCCAUAGGAAUAUUGGGGAACUGCAGCAAUGGUUAUGUGGAAUUCCUGAAAUGCAUUUCAUUUUAAAUGUGAGCUAAGGAAACUAAAAUCAGCAGUUGGGCUGAGCUGCACAGUCACACAUGCAAAGCAUAAUUCAUCUAACAACAGCAGGUGAGGCAUUGAUCUCACUGAGUGCAUAAACCCCAGAUGAAGCUGUGUUGGGGUGGGAGAGGGGGUGCUUGUACCACAGCUGUUAUUAAAAUAAAUGAAAACCCUUUUUUUCUAACUAGUGUGCUGACGUCUUUGAAGUUGCUCACUCUAACUCCUCACAAUGUCCUUACCUGCUGCAACACAAUUUGAAAGCCAAGUGGCGCUGAUUUAUGUGUUUGUUGAUUUUUCUUCAAAGUUCUGCAUUUUUAAAGCAACUUAUUAAAGUGCAACAAGCAUCA